AUGAAUAACGUUAAACGUCCUGAUCUUUCUGUCGCCUACAAUCACGUCAAAGUGCCCUCUCCCUACACAGCUGGCGUCAGCCAGGGUAUCCUAUCACAAUCGAUGCCAAUGGCCGCAAUGUUCAUGAAGAAUAAGUUUUUGGCAUGGUUUGCGGUGAUCAGUAUGCUACACUACUAUCUUACAGGUGAAGUCAACGAAUCUGCCUCCGCCGACCAAUCGCCUUUACUAAAGAUUGUCAUGAGCUUGGUCAGUUUGCUCGUGUGCUAUAUGGGUUUGGCGUUACCGCAACCACCCGCAAUCCCAAGAGCGCCUCCAAAAUCCGGAUCUGAAUAG